GUUACUAUUAUUUGUUAUUUAUAUACCCACUCUCUUCGUCGUCUCUCGAUCUCGAGCUCUUCUCUUUCCUUUUAAAACCCUAACACUCUCCAUCCCCGCACCAUUUCUCCUCCCCCCAUUUCUCCUCCCCGAUCCAAAUCCUAGCUCCAAAUCCAUCUCCUUCCUCCUCCUCCCCCAACUCCUCCUCCUCCCCUCCCCGGUCCUCUCAUUCCGAUCUCCCUGCGAUCUACGUAAUCCGAGGAUCCGAUUCAGCUAUCAAACCCAUCUGUUUAUCUCGAUCCCCUUCUCCAAUGGCGAGCUCCAAGCCCCAGCGGUCACCUGCCGAGGUCGAGGACAUCAUCCUCCGCAAGAUCCUCCUCGUCGCCCUCGUCGACCCCUCCGCCUCCGGCGGCGGCGGCGGCGGCGACCCCCGCGUCGUCUACCUGGAGCAAACCGCCGCGGAGAUCCUCAGCGAGGGCAAGCCCCUCCUCCUCUCCCGCGACUGCACCGAGCGCGUCCUCCUCGACCGCCUCUCCUACGGCGGCGGCGAUGGCCCCGCCGCCGUGGAGCGCCGGCCCUUCUUCUACCUCAUCGGCUGCUUCCGCCGCGCGCAGGACGAGGCCAAGAAGGUCGCCGCCAUGAAGGACCCGGCCGUGCGCGCCGAGAUCGAGGCCGCCAUCAAGCACGCCCGCAAGCUCGUCGUCUCCUACUGCCGGAUCCACGUCGGCCACCCCGACAUGUUCCCGUCCUCGCCCGCCGCCGCCUCGCCGGCAUCCGAUCUCCUUUCUCUGAUCUUCUCCGAGGUCUCCGGCCCGACGGACGUGUUCGCCGGGAACAGCUUGGCCGGGGACCUCAAAAGCCCUCCCGGCUUCUUAGACGAGUUCUUCAGAGAAGCGGAUUCGGAGAGCUUGGAGCCGAUCAUGGGGGAGUUGUUUGAUAAGCUGAAGCAGAGUGUGGAGAAGGUUUCUGCUUUAGGGAACUUCCAGCAGCCGCUGCGAGCGCUGCUUUUGCUCGUGGGAUACCCGAAUUGUGCCAAGGCUUUGGUGAAUCACCCACAUUGGAUUCCAACGGAUAAGUAUAUAUUGAUCGGGGAAGGGCGGAUGAUUGAAAUCGGAAGCAUUCUCGGAGCUUUUCUUCACGUUAGCGCUCUGCCCGACUACAAGGAGUUCAAGAGUAAGCCAGAUGUUGGCCAACAGUGCUUCGCAAACGCAUCAACUCGCCGACCUGCUGAUCUCUUAUCAUCGUACACCACAAUCAAGACAGUCAUGAAUAUACUGUAUGAUGGUCUGGCAGAAGUUUUCCUUACAUUAUUAAAAAAUACAGAUACACGAGAAAAAGUUCUAGAGUUUAUAGCAGAGGUGAUUAAGAAAAAUGCAGCAAGGUCUCGUAUGCAGGUGGAUCCAUUGUUAUGUGCAAGUUCUGGGAUGUUUGUGAAUCUUAGUGCAGUAAUGCUUCGGCUUUGUGAACCUUUUUUAGAUGCAACAGCAUCAAAGAGGGAGAAGAUUGACCCACAAUAUAUAUUUUACAACAAGCGUUUAGAUUUUAGACAAUUGACAGCGAUGAAUGCUUCGUCCGAAGAAGUUGCAGCAUGGAUCGAGAACCAAAGUCAUAAUUGUCGUCUCAUAGAAUCACAGGAAGCUACAAGUUCUGGCAAUAAUAGUGGAGCUUCUUUACUUACAAAAGGCAGACUACUUAUGAGUUGCACCAAAAAAGAAAAAUAUUCAUUUAUCUGCGAGUCUUUUUUUAUGACAACAAGAGUACUCAACUUGGGGCUUAUGAAAGCCUUAUCGGACUUCAAACAUCUUGUUCAGGAGCUGGCAAGGUAUGAAGAAGAACUAUCUACAUGUAAAGCCAUGAGGGAUCAGGGAGCCUCGCCGCAACUUGAGGAAGAUAUAAAACGACUUGAGAAAGUGAUUGAGAUUCUAUCACAAGAUAAACUCUGCUAUGAAGCUCAGAUAUUAAGAGAUGGUGCGCUUCUUCAACGAGCGCUAUCCUUUUACAGAUUAGUAAUUAUAUGGAUGGUUGAUCUUGUUGGUGGAUUUAAAAUGCCUUUGCCACCAAAGUGCCCAAUGGAAUUUGCUUGCAUUCCGGAACAUUUUAUUGAUGAUGCAAUGGAUUUACUUAUUAUAACUUCUCGGAUUCCACGAGCUUUAGAAGGAUUUGUGCUGGAUGACUUUUUGAAUUUUAUUAUCAUGUUCAUGGCAAGCCCAUCUUAUGUCAAAAACCCUUAUUUAAGAGCCAAGAUGGUUGAAGUAUUGAAUUGCUGGAUUCCGCAUAGAAGCGGCUUAUCCACCACAGCCUCUCUCUUUGAAGGGCACCAAUUAUCUCUUGAGUAUCUUGUUAGAAAUCUUUUAAAGCUUUAUGUGGAUAUUGAAUUUACUGGUUCUCAUACACAGUUUUUUGACAAGUUCACUAUUCGGCACAACAUUGCUGAGCUUCUAGAAUACUUGUGGGAUGUUCCUAGUCACAAUAAUGCAUGGAGACAGAUAGCUAGAGAAGAGGAAAAGGGAGUAUACUUGAAUUUUCUAAACUUUCUUAUCAAUGAUAGCAUCUAUCUUCUUGAUGAGAGUUUAAAUAAAAUUCUUGAGCUCAAAGAAAUAGAGGCAGAAAUGGCUAACACAACUGAAUGGGAACGCCGGCCUCCUCAAGAGAGGGAGGAGAGAAUGCGCCAAUUUCAUUCACGAGAAAAUAUUGUUCGAUUUGACAUGAAAUUGGCAAAUGAAGACGUAGGGAUGCUUGCUUUUACUUCAGAACAGAUUCCUACCCCUUUCCUUCUGCCAGAAAUGGUCGAAAGAGUAGCAAGCAUGCUAAAUUACUUCCUGUUACAACUUGCUGGGCCCCAGAGGAAAUCUCUGAGUGUAAAAGAUCCCGAGAAAUAUGAGUUCAGGCCGAAGCAAUUACUGAAACAAAUUGUCAAGAUUUAUGUUCAUAUAUCAAGAGGCGACAAAGAGAACAUCUUUCCUGCGGCAAUCUCAAAGGACGGCAGGUCAUAUAAUGAGCAGCUGUUCUCUACAGCAGCUGAUAUUUUGUGGAAAAUUGGAGAGGAUGGAAAAAUUAUCCAGGAGUUUGUGCAGCUUGCAGCUAAAGCGAAAGCUGCAGCUUCUGAAGCAAUGGAUGCUGAAGCUAUUCUCGGCGACAUACCAGAUGAAUUCCUUGACCCAAUUCAGUACACGUUAAUGAAGGAUCCUGUUAUACUACCAUCGUCGAGGGUAUCAGUUGACCGAGCAGUUAUCCAAAGGCACCUCCUUAGUGACAGUACCGAUCCAUUCAACCGUUCACACCUCACACAGGAUAUGCUAAUCCCCGACACAGAGCUUAAAUUAAGGAUCGAAGAGUUCAUCCGAGCCCAAGAAUCGAGGAAGCGCAGCAAAACAAGCGGCUUACAAUUCUCCAAACCUAACGAGCCAGAUGAUGGUGUUGCUGAUAUGGUCGAGUAAGUUAAAAAGUGCUAGCACUUAUAUUUAUAUGUUAAGUUUAAAUGUAAAAAUAUUUCUUGGGGAUUAAAUCAUGAAUGCCUGGGCUAGAAAUGGAUAGGGGCAACUUGGGGGGUAUCAAUUCUCACAUUUUACAUUUUAAUACCUCUUUAAUCCAAUAAUCCUUCUCCAUUGUUGUGGUGUUGAAGCAACAAAAAAAAAAAAAUUGAUGUUGUAAGGUGAAAAAUUGAUGUUGUAAGGUGAAAAAAAAAUGAUCAUACUUUUGUUAAUUAUUCUGUACUUUACUGUUAUAUAUACAUACAUUUGUAUAAAAUUGUUGGAGCUUUUAGUUAUUUGUA